GGGGCAGAGUCGCGUCGCCUUCAUCAUGUCCGUGUUGCCGCUCGUGCCCGCUGUGCUGCAUCUUGUGCUGAGUUUCGUGCUGAGCCUGGGGGAGCUGGUGCAUUUGUAGCUCCAGAUGAGUGUAUCCUUGUGCGCCGACGCCGUGGAUGGUGGAGACACUCGGUUGUAUACCACAUGUCAGAGGCGUCUUCCACUGCCACGUGAUGCACAACAGCGAUAACCGCAACCCCGCACUCGCUUGUGCGUCGAGGGGGCCUACAUUCAGCCUCUGCCGACGGUGCCGCCAGGGCGCCGGUUCCGCGGCCUCAUGGGGCUGUACCUCUGGCGAGGGCGCCUCGCCUUCUUCCGCCGCUGCGAGGGGGCCCCGUGGUCGCCCCCGGGCCCCCCGGGCCCGAGGCUCGCCCGUGCCGCCCGCGGCGGUCGGCGUGCCCAACCAGGUCGCCGCCGCCGGCUCCGCGAGCGCCCCGAGCGCCAGCGGCGGCCUCGGGUCGCCGUCCGAGCUGCUGCUGGGGGCGAUCUCGGCCGACAUCGGCGGCUCCCCCGCCCGUGCCGCGCCGGGCGUCGUAGCCGCCGAGGCUGCUGGAGGCCGCUCCCUGGAGCUCGGCCCGUGGGAGAGCACCGGCUUCGUGUCCGACCUCGGGUGGGCCGAGGGCAGGCGGCUCACGCCGUGCCUCGCGUUCCGCGACGAGGGCGCCUAUCGCGUCCGGGUCGUCUGCGUCGGCACGCACCCGCCCAUUCCGCCAGAGGGCGGUGGCGGCAGCGAGAGCGAGGAGGCCGAGGGCGAGAACGAGGCCGGCUGGAGCGGCUUCGACUGGGAGGUCGGGGCGCCAACCGUGCCGGACGCCGUGGACGCGUGAAGGGGCGGCGCUGGCGAGCGGUAUCCUGCUGGUCUCGCGGCGCCGCGCCGGCCUGAGGCAGACGCGCGGCGCCCCCGCGUCGGCGCGCUCGGGCCUCAUGCUCGGAAAUUCGGUUCUGGGGACGGCCAAACUGAUCUGGCCCUCCCUCCUCCUCCACCCUGCCCCUUGUCUUCCCCCCUCUUCCUGGCCGAAUGGACCUGGCUCCUUUUUUCGUAGUCGCUUGUCAGCUUAGGACUCCUAGGACUUGUGUUCACCCUGUCUUCCCUGCUGCGCGCGCGAGCGCUUUGAUGAACCAAGCACCCCCUUUUCCACGGUGGAUCGCAGCAGGGGAGGCGCGUCGCCCGCUCCGCGAAGACGGAGCGCACGCAGUUGGACGCUAUGUCCCCCAACAGUAUGUAGCAUUUUGGGGCGUUGGCAUUCGGCGGUCAAUGGGCGGGGGAGGGAGCCUGUGUGUCCAUACGGUGCAGGCCCGUCGCGCGGCAGCUCUCCGCCUGCGCUCGCGGAUGUGCGGGCCGAAAGAGAAUCGAAAGUCUCUCUGCGGACCCUCGUGGGUUUCGGUGGCAGGCUGCCGCGGGAGCCGCCGGCCAGAGGUCUUGCGGCGGUUGGGUGCGAUCCAUUUGCAUUCGCAUGGAGCUCACGCGGGCCAUUAUCGUUGCCCGUUCAGUCAAAGCGACCGUGUUAUGACACGCU